AGGAAAUAUUUGCUUCAGGCAGAUUCAUAAUCUGAUGAUAAAAGGAAUUUAAAACGGAUUGGUAAAAUGACACGGAUCUGGAUUUCAGUUCUGCUCCUGUGUAGCACCAAGUAUACAGUCGAGUCUGAUAAACGUUGUGUUACUACAGAAUCCCCCCCAAAUCCAGAUGUUUAUCAGGCUGAAGAAAAGCUCAGUGUGAAUAUCGGAGCCUCGGCUACUCUACAGUGUUGUGUUUUAGGAACAGAAAACGGAGACGUUAUCUGGUUUAAGCAACAAAACACAAAACAGCCUCAGGUUAUAGUCAGAUUAUUCAACACUGCCAGAGAAAAGUUUUACAAAGAAUUCCAAAAUUCUCGUUUUCAAAUUAAAAGGUUUGGACACUGCUUCAAUUUGACCAUUUUAAACACCACCCUGUGUGAUGAAGCCACAUAUUACUGUGCGCUCGUGUCUACUGAUGGAACUCGUGUACAAAUGAAAGGUGAGCGUGUUAAUGCUGAAACAUCUAAAGCAGCUCUGUGUGAUCAUUCAGUGGUGUGUGAACCAACACCGCAUGGAGACAACACUAACACCGACACACGACACGACACAGUGAUCGGUUUGGGAUCGGCUUUGGGUUUGUGCGCACUUCUGAUUUUCUGUCUCAUUUAUUUCAUACUGAGGAGAAGAAAAGGUGAUAAAAUAAAUGCUUCUAUUGAAGAUUCUCCAGUAACAAAGCAGGAAACUGAAGCUGAAACACUGAAUUACGCAGCUCUAAAAUUCUCCAAGAAGAAAGUCAAAGCUGCAGAAAGAAAAACUGGAUCAUCAGAUGAGUGUGUGUACUCGAGUGUGAAUACAACUGUAAGAUAUAAGAUAGAAGAUAUAACGUAGAUGAUUCAUAACCCAGUGAAAUACACGAGAAAAACAGUGAUCAUGUUUUAGUAAAUUAAAUAUCCUGACUACAUUUUAAACAUUUAAUUAUUACAAGAUUAUUAAAUAUUUUAAGCUAAUUUCAAACUUGACAGCAAAGUCUAUGUAUAGCAGCAUAAUUGCUGUAUAUAAUAAUGAAUUAAUUUAUUUGAUAGUUUAAUUUCUGUUUACAUUAAGCUUGUAAUAAUACAUAUUAAAUAAAUUUGCACAUAUUAAAUAUUAAAGUAUUUUUCUGUUUCCUGUUAAUAACCUAAAAGACAGAGAACUUUGUAAAACUUUUUUAUAUGAUGACAGUCUUGUGCUUUGUGUUGAUUUUAUUGUAUGAUCUGUAUGACUCACAGUGCUUGAACUUUGCUGAAGACAAAAUAAAUGUACAAACAA